AUAUCAUAUCCAACAUGCUUUUUCUAAUUAUUCCCCUGUCAUUAAAUUCCGACAACCUCGGCGAUUUCCGUGGUAGAUCGAUCAAGCAACCACAUUUUCUUUCUUUCUGAAAGACAAAAACAAAAAGAAACAGAGGAGAAAACGAGACGACGACAACCAAGUAGACAAAAGAAGGCGUCGUUCUUCCCUUUUUUUCUCCUCUCUCUCUCUCUCUAGUCUCUCCUUUACGGCGUACGUUUGGUCAAAAUGGGUUCCAGUAAACUGAAACGCGCCAUUGGAGCCGUGAAAGAUCAAACAAGCGUAGGAUUAGCCAAAGUUGGAGGUCGAAGCAGCUCUUUAACGGAACUCGAAAUAGCCGUCGUGAAAGCCACGCGGCACGACGAGUAUCCAGCAGAGGAGAAAUACAUCAGAGAGAUCUUAAACCUAACGUCUUACUCACGCAAUUACGUUAGCGCAUGUGUGGCAACUCUCUCGAGACGUCUCAACAAGACCAAGAACUGGUCGGUUGCUCUCAAAACCUUGAUUUUGAUCCAACGGCUGUUAGCAGAUGGCGAUCGAGCCUACGAGCAAGAGAUCUUCUUCGGAACAGGACGAGGAACCAGGUUGCUUAACAUGUCUGAUUUCAGAGAUGCGAGUCAGUCUGAUUCCUGGGAUUACUCUGCUUUUGUUCGGACUUACGCUUUGUAUUUGGACGAAAGGCUUGACUUCCGGAUGCAAGGAAAGAGAGGGAAACACGGCGGUGAUUGUGAUUCCGGCGGCCAGGAAGAUGAUCAUCAAGAAACCAAAACCGAUAUUCGGUCAAGAGCUCUUGUGGUGAAGUCUAAACCGGUCGCAGAGAUGAAAACAGAGAAAAUUUUCAUUAGAGUACAUCAUUUACAACAGCUUCUUGAUCGGUUCUUAGCUUGCCGUCCAACAGGUAAUGCGAAGAACAACAGAGUGGUGAUUGUGGCUUUGUAUCCGAUAGUAAAAGAGAGUUUUCAGAUAUACUAUUACAUAACAGAGAUAAUGGGAGUAUUUAUAGAUCGAUUCAUGGAACUAGAUAUUCAUGAUUCGAUCAAAGUCUAUGAAAUCUUCUGUCGAGUUUCUAAACAAUUCGACGAGUUAGAUCCGUUUUACGGAUGGUGUAAGAACAUGGGAGUUGCAAGAUCUUCAGAGUAUCCAGAAUUGGAAAAGAUCACACAGAAGAAACUUGAUCUCAUGGAUGAGUUUAUCAAAGAUAAAUCAGCUUUAGCUGCACAAACAACAAAAUCAUCAUCAAAAAAGUCUGUGGAGGAGGAGGAGAAUAAAACAGAGGAAACUAAAGAAAUUCAAGAAGAUUUAAACUCCAUUAAAGCUUUACCAGAACCGGAACACGUCGAAGAAGAAGAAAAGAUGGAAACAAAGGGAGAUGUUGAGGAAGUGGCUUCAAGACAUGACCAAGAGGGUGAUUUGCUGGAUUUAACGGAUGAAGCAGGUGCAACAGCAGGAACUGUUGGUGACAGUUUGGCUUUAGCGUUGUUCGAUGGAGCCGUUGGGACUGAAAGCGCCUCUGGACCAGGGUGGGAAGCGUUUAACGAUGAUUCGACAGAUUGGGAGACGGCAUUGGUGAAAUCGGCAACGAGAUUGUCGGGACAAAAGAGUGAGCUUGGAGGAGGAUUUGAUAGUUUGUUGCUUGAUGGAAUGUAUCAGUACGGUGCAGUUAAUGCUGGGGUCAAAACGUCUACUGCUUAUGGAAGUAGUGGAAGUGCGAGUAGUGUGGCUUUUGGUUCUGCAGGAAGACCAGCAGCCUCAAUGUUGGCAUUGCCAGCGCCGCCACCGACAACCAACAGAAGCACCAGUUCGGUAAUGGUUGACCCAUUCGCGGCAUCGCUAGAGGUGGCUCCACCAGCGUACGUGCAAAUGAAUGAUAUGGAGAGAAAACAAAGAUUGUUAAUGGAAGAACAAAUAAUGUGGGAUCAAUACAACAGAAAUGGAAGACAAGGUUACAUGCAUUUCGGACAAAACCAACAACAACAACAACAACAUUAUCAGCCUCCAUACUCCAUGGGACCUUAUUCUUACACACCUCGCUAUUGAAGUUAUAUAAACAAAAAAAAACAAAAAAUCACCACUGAAGAGCUUGAAAGAAAGGUCCUUUUUUGUUGUCCCUCUAACAUUGUAAACUCUUUUGGUCAUUUUACUUUGUUAACUUGUAAGACGA